GUUUACUAACUUUGUCCACUUUGUCACUUAACUGUCAGCCAACUCCGCCCAUGUUGACGCUAGUCACCUGACCCAGGCAGCCCCCGUGACGCAGCUUCAGCUCGAACUGGAAGCUCUCUCCAUCGCGUCUGCUUCUCUCAACAGCUUCAUUCUUCCCACCCGUUUGACGUCUCGGAUUCAGGAAGACUUCCCUUGAUAUCACACAAUAACUUCAUCAUGACGUCAAUCGGCACGGGCUACGAUCUUUCCAACUCGGUCUUUUCGCCAGAUGGCCGGAAUUUCCAGGUCGAGUAUGCCGUAAAGGCAGUUGAGAACGGCGGCACAGCUAUCGGUAUUCGAUGCAAGGACGGUGUCGUCUUGGCCGUGGAGAAAAUCAUCACCAGCAAGCUCCUCAAGCCCGGGGCGAAUAAGAGAAUUGCGACCGUUGAUCGCCACGUCGGCAUUGUAUCGGCUGGUCUCGUUCCUGAUGGUCGUCAUUUCGUUUCCCGAGCUCGCGACGAAGCUUCCUCGUGGAGAGCCACAUACAAGGGUCCCAUCCCUACCUCUGCACUCGCCAACCGUCUCGGCGGCUACGUACAAGCAUACACCCUUUAUUCUAGCGUACGGCCAUUCGGCGUGACCUCCAUUGUUGGUGGAUGGGAUAGCGAGGCCGAGCUGGCUGUUGAUGGCCAGGUUGGCUCCGGCCCCAAGUCCGGUGCCGGUGGAAAGAUUGAGGGUGCUAAAGCUGGCGGACCUGCUCUAUACAUGAUCGAGCCCAGUGGAUUGUACUGGGGAUAUUACGGUGCUGCCACCGGUAAGGGACGGCAGGCCGCCAAGGCCGAAUUGGAGAAGCUGGACCUCAGUUCGGAGAAAUUGUCUCUGCUGGAGGGUGUGAAGGAGGCCGCUCGCAUUAUCUACGUCGCGCACGAGGAUAGCAAGGACAAGGAGUUUGAGUUGGAGAUGUCGUGGAUCAGCUCUCUGGACGGUCCUACCAAGGGCCGACAUGAGGAGGUACCCAAGGAUAUCCUGGAAGAGGCCGAGAAGGCCGCUCGACGGGCGCUCGACGAAGAUGAAGAGGAGGAGGAUAAGAAUGCUGGGGAGCAGAUGGAAGAGUGAACGAGCCUAGAAACCCCCGAGUAAUAGAACCCCCGCAACGAACGAAUUUCCAUCUUCAAUCCUACUCCGAUUUCCUCCGGUCAAUAUCAUAUUGCCUGAAGUAAAGACUAUUUUUGUUGAAGCAUGUCUUUCCGGGACACUAUGUAAGUAGAAAUGAGGGACGCUUGAUUCAUCACGGUACCAGGUAGUCGCCUCUUAGAUCGGCAUCGACCACCUCUGGUUCUGCGUUCGUGUAUUACGGUCAAAAUUUGAGCCUGCUAGGGCUCAUAACUCUCCCGAGAUGUUUGUGCUUCCUCUUAUCAUCACGUCUACACUCCUCCGAAAUGAAUUUCGGACGCCACCUUUAUAGAGCUAGAUUAGCAACUUUCAAGUGGCUAUAUGAUUGGAAACCUGACAGGAACGGGCCAUGUUUACGGGACGAGUUGAUUAUUGCUUCCUGGCUCUUAGCCCCAAAGACAACUCAACUCCUAGAGCUAUCCCCCGCUCUUCCCUCAAGUCGGCCUUGUAACACAG